UCAAGAUGGUAGGCGAUGUAGACGCGCCAUCUGCAGAUCUGUCCGCUGAUCUGUCAGAAAACCAGCGAUUAAUUAAUUCAGACUCGGUCAAAUAUAAACCUCCAAAAGGAUGUAUUCAAAGUCGCUAUGUGCUGGCGUGGUGGGCGUUCUGUGGAUUUUUCGUUGUUUACUCCCUGAGGGUUAAUCUGAGUGUUGCCAUGGUUGCCAUGGUGAAUCAGACUGACACCUCAGAUACCAACAAGACCGGCAAUAACUCUGAAGCCGAGUGUUCGUAUCCCAUUUCGUCAAAUUCUUCAAGACAAGACAAGCCGGGAGAGUUCAACUGGAGUUCCACAACAACUGGUGUCAUUCUUGGUUCGUUUUUUUACGGAUACAUCGUAACGCAAGUCCCCGGUGGCUGGAUUGCGGCCCGGUUUGGAGGAAAAUGGGUAUUUGGAUUGGGCGUCCUUUGCACUGCUGUGCUGACUCUUGUCACGCCGCUUGCUGCCAGGUAUAGCGUGGGGCUGUUCAUCGCUGUCAGGGUUUUGGAAGGAUUGGGAGAGGGCGUCACAUUCCCAGCCAUGCAUGCCAUGUGGGGCAAUUGGGCUCCACCGUUAGAGAGGAGUAAACUAGGUGCUUUUACUUACACUGGUGCUCACAUGGGGACGGUGUUCUCUCUGCCGAUCUCCGGGUUUCUGUGUGAUUACGCAGGAUGGCCGUCCGUCUUUUAUGUUUUUGGUGCUUUAGGUUGUGUGUGGUUCUUAAUAUGGAUACUGGUAGUCCAUGACACUCCAGAUAAACAUCCGAGGAUCUCUCAUGAGGAGAAGUUCUACAUUGAAGGGUCACUCGGGAAACACUUGGAGAAAAGGAUUGCCAGUUCAUCAGAGUCUGUCAUAGUGGGAGUGCCCGAUACUCCCUGGUGUGAUAUGUUUCUUUCUAUUCGACUCUGGGCCUGCCUCGUCGCCCAUACCUGUAGUAACUGGGGGUUCUAUACACUACUGACAUCACUUCCUGCGUACAUGAAAUAUAUACUCAAGUUUAAUUUACAAGCGGACGGUGUCUUAUCCGCCCUGCCAUACCUAGCCUACUUCAUGAUAGCAAACAUCUCUGCCUUUAUAUUCGAUGUAUUGAGGAGGAAGGGUAUUAUGUCCACCACGUCGGUCAGGAAGUUCUGUAACUUUGUUGGAUUAGUAGGCCCUGCCCUAUUCCUGUUAGCAGUUGGUUGGGUUGGAUGCGACCAAACCUGGGCUGUAGUAUUCCUUGUCCUCUCUGUCGGAACGAAUGGUAUUUCUCUGUCCGGUUACACAGUCAACCAUUUGGACAUCGCCCCGAGAUACGCAGGUGCUCUGAUGGGGAUAACCAACUCUGCAGCAACCAUUCCAGGAUUCUUGGGGCCAUUUGUCGUAGGAGUUCUAACCGAUAAAGCAGAAACGAGAGGACAAUGGAUGAUAGUUUUCUACAUCUCUGCAGCUAUCUACGGAUUCGGUGCUCUUUUCUUCCUCAUAUUCGGCUCCGGCGACCGACAGCCGUGGAACGACCGCGGAAUAAUUACGGAGACAUUCAAACGCCGCAUCAGCAUACGAACUCUCAAACGUGACACGGUCAAUACUGAACGAAGUGACUAUGGGUAUCAGGCUGUUUCGCAGGACAUGGAAUAAUUUUAUUUCCGUCCACAUGAGAGAUUGUGAUGUCGCAGUGUUUCUGACUUUCUUUAUAAGUGAUGAGAGCCCUGGAGGACCACAGGCAGAAGUGACGUGGAACUACGUGGUCACUAGUUCAGGUCUUGUUUGCCGGCCUCUGGUCAAAGUGCAAAUGUCUAUUGAUUUUACAAUACAAUCCAUGUAAAAGAUUUUGUAAUUCUGCACGUGACAAAAUUGAAUAUAAUAAAUUGAUAUUAUUUGUAA